ACUUAUUUGUCUUGCACGUCUAAGUCAAUUAGAUUGUGGUCAAAUUGAGCAUGUCGUAUCCUGCGGUUUGGAAUUCCCAACUCUACCAAGCGUAUGAAACUACGGUGUUUAGUAUUUACACAAUCUCCCUCCUCGUACCACUGGGCACUAAAUAAUGGAAUGACAACAACAAAAUUGUAAACUUAAAUCUUGAAAGUAAGCAAUACGGUAGUUUGAUGACGAUAUACAAGUGAAUUAGCCACUGAACAGUUAAACAAUUAAUACGGACGAAUCCCAAUUCCCACAUUGGAUGAUCUGGGCAUUACAGCAAAAUCAUUGAGGAAAUAGGGCAAAUUUCUGCAGUUCAAUGAUCUGGGCACAGCUCAAUUGAUGUGAAUUUGAUGGCUAGAGCUAGAAAUUAUUGCAUGCACCCGAAACGCGUUGUUUUCAUCUGGGUUUUCUCUGCUUUCGUAUUCUUUUCUGCUUUCCAGAUGAUUCUUAAGAAUUCUUCUCGAAAUUACUCUACUUCUCCAGAUGCUCCAACUUCAAACAUGGUGAAGAGGGCAAGACUAUAUGAAAAAAUGUCCAGGGAUUUGGAUGAACAUGGGCCAGCUUUCCUCAACCAUGGAGAAACUUCUCAGUCGUUGUCACUUUCUGAUCUUUUUAGUGUGAAAGACGGUGCUGUAACACCUAAUCUGAAGGUAGCUAAUCCUCCUGUACGAGCAAAUGUUCUGUAUUUAAGUACUGAAUAUUCACUUCCCAUAUCAAAUGCGGUUAAGAAAAUUUUUUCACCUUACUUUGAUAAGGCAAUCUGGUUUCAGAAUUCUAGUUUGUACCACUUCAGUAUGUUCCAUGCUUCGCAUCAUAUUUCACCUGUUCCUGCCACUCAUGAUGAAGUUGAAGCUGAAGCAAAUGCAGUUGAAACUGUUGCUCGAUCACUUUGCCCAUUGAAAAUCGUUUUAGAUAGGGUGAUUUUGACCUCAACUGGUGUACUUCUUGGGUGCUGGCAGGUGACUUCUGGUACUGAUCCAACUACUGUACGUGCUAAGCUGAGAAACGCCCUACCACAUGCACCCGAAAAGCAGCUCUAUGAUGCCGCGAUACUUCAUACUUCAUUUGCAAGGCUAUUGGGUCCUCCAAAAAUACCGAACACUGAGAUAAGUAAAACUUCAGACACAAUUCAGUUGUUUCGCAACUUGGUUGCUCACCUCAACAAUCAAAUUGGUGGGUUUCAGGCCAUAGUUUUUGAACUGUGGUAUGUGGAGGAACUCGAUGUGCUCGCUCUCGCAUUGGAUGGAAGAAUGAACAUUCGUAGAUUUCAGCUCAGCUGUUCCGAAACUCCAGAAACUUGACAACAAUGUGACUGCCUUGCAAUCUUCUUCGAUGCUUCGGUCCUGCUCCUCGGAAGCUAGCUAGCUUCAAUGAUAAACUACAGCUUGAAUGUUACGAAAAUCAUCUCUAGUAGCAGAAGUUUUGAACAACUGCAUCAAAUAUAUAUAGAUUGCCUGUCAAUAAAUAACUUGUACAUUGAUAUUUUCUUCCUAAAUAUCUCUUGACGAUAGUAUUGUAUACAAGGCUAGAUGAAGCUAAAGAUUUGUAAUUUUUGGUUACAACUUAUUGCGGAUUAUAGGAAAAUGACUUAUUAAAUAAUAUACAUGUGAAGUUAAUGAAAAAAAAUUAGUUUAAAUUUUAGGAAAAAUUUACUCAGAAUA